AGGAAAGUAAGUGUUUUUUUAAAGCCAAAAGUUGAGAAGUGCUGAAUGUGCUGGACGGGUUCUGGGAUCUAAAUUAGGGUUUGAAUCUAGUUUUGCAUUUUUUAAUUGAAUCAUCUUCGAAACGAGCCUUAAGUUCAACAAUGGAUGCUGCUCGAUCUCAAGAACGGUAUCAAAACGAGAUCAAUUGGGACAAGCUUGAUAAAAAGAAAUUCUAUAUCUUAGGCGCCGGGAUUUUUACUGGGAUUACAGUUGCACUUUAUCCCAUUUCAGUUGUCAAGACAAGAUUGCAGGUUUCUAACCAUUAUGCUGCAGAAAAAAAUGCUUUUUCUGUGUUGAGGGGGGUUGUUAAAGCAGACGGGAUUCCCGGUUUGUAUAGAGGUUUUGGUACAGUCAUCACUGGUGCAAUUCCUGCCAGAAUUAUAUUUCUCACGGCAUUGGAGACAAUAAAAGUAGCCUCUUUUCAGAUGGUUGAGCCAUUCCAAUUAUCAGAACCUACACAGGCGGCCAUAGCAAAUGGUAUUGGUGGCAUGUUGGCAUCUCUUUGUUCACAGUCUGUAUUUGUUCCAAUUGAUGUGGUUAGCCAACGGUUGAUGGUGCAAGGAUAUUCAGGGCAUGCCAACUACAACGGGGGCGUAGAUGUUGUUAGGAAAGUCUUAAAAUCUGAAGGCGUUCGCGGAUUGUAUAGAGGAUUUGGUCUCUCUGUUUUAACAUAUUCCCCAUCAAGUGCAGUUUGGUGGGCUAGCUAUGGUUCUAGCCAGCGCUUCAUAUGGAGCCUUUUGGGAUAUGGGACUGAGAAGGGUCUAACUGAUCCUAGCCAGGGAAGGAUAGUAUCAGUUCAAGCUGCUGGUGGAAUUAUUGCGGGUGUUACUGCAUCUUGUAUUACUACUCCAUUAGAUACCAUAAAAACGCGUUUGCAGGUGAUGGGUCAUGGAAAUAAUAGACCUAAUGCAAGACAAGUAGUGAAACAGUUGAUUGCAGAAGAUGGUUGGACAGGAUUAUAUAGAGGAUUGGGUCCAAGAUUUGUCAGCAUGUCUGCUUGGGGCACCUCAAUGAUACUUGCCUAUGAAUAUCUCAAACGCUUAUGUUCAAAGGAGUAAAUAGGUUCAUGAAUGCCACAGCGCCUUUUCAUGCUUGUGGUCUCAACUUUGGAGUCAAAACACGGUCACAUUCAGAGGACAAUGAAGUCUGUUUUCUGUCCCGAAAAAAAUGGCUUGCUUGUAAUAGUUUUGAGUGUGGGAAACAAACACUCCUUUUCAGGAUUCUUUUGUAUAUGAAGGCAUGCAAAAUAAUACCAGUGAAACAUUCUUUCCUUUUGGUUUCCAUGAUUUCUCAAAUGUAAAAUUACACAAACUCAGCUGUUUCUACUUUUCUGUGUAUCUGUAUAAGUUAGGUUUCCAUAGGUACCGUAAUGGGUGCUCAGCACAAGGAAUACAUUUCACCAUUAGAUAAAGAUCAAAUCCGUUAUGGUCAUUCUAGGGUUCAUCAAUUCUGUGCACUGAUCCGGUUACCCUUUCUUCUAUGGCUACUUUACUUUCCAACCAGCUCCAGAAUCAAUUGCAUCGUUGCUACCGGAGAUCAAAGAAGACUUGCAUCGUUGGUGCCGGAGUGGUGGGGUUCGGUUCGCCCUUCACAGCCGUCGGAGACGGGGGGCCAUCAAUGGUUCCGAGGGAGGUUUGUGUUGGAUGAUGUCGAGAUCUGGUCAGCUACCGGUUCCAUCUUCUCCAGUGGUUGCAACAAUAAAGAACAUAACUCUUGCAAGAAAGAACAUAACUCUUGCAAGAGUUUAUUGUUCUUUGAGAGUUCUUUAUUGUAAUACAUUUAGUUUUAUUGGAGUAAAGGGUCAGUUUAGUCCUCGAAGUUGCAAAAAAGACGUCAAAUAAGUCCUUAUAUAGAAGAUUAUGUCCAGACGUGCCAUUUGAGGUGGCUCCCGGUGGAAUUUUGUGAUAAUUUUUUUUGAGCAUCUUAUUCAUUAAGUCUAGUUUGCUCAUACCAAAUUUCAGCUAAAAAUUCAAUCGGGAAGACAUUCAAAUGAAUUCUUGAAGAUAACAGCGCUUUUAAUGGCACAGUUAUCUUCAAGAAUUCAUUUGAAUGUCUUCCCGAUUGAAUUUUUAUCUGAAAUUUGAUAUGAGUAAACUAGACUUAAUGAAUAAGAUGCUCAAAAAAAUUCAUCAAAAAAUUCCACCGGGAGCCACCUCAAAUGGCACGUCCGGACAGAAUUUUCUAUAUAAGGACUUAUUUGACCCUUUUUUGCAACUUCGAGGACCAAACUGACCCUUAUCCCGUUUUAUUGCAAGACUUUGAGGAUUGAAUCGAAGAGUUAUGUUCUUUAUUCUAAUACGUAGUACCCCGUAGUAUGACUUUAUUCAAGUGCAAUAUUAAGUUUAGUGAUCCAAAUCAUUUCAGAAUCCUCACUAUAAUCAAGUUUGGUGUUGAUGGGCUUGAUUUAGUUUUUGUAUAAAAAAAAAGCUAAUUAAACAAGUGAGAUGACCUUUUAUGUUAGGAUAAUUAUAAUUGGAGACUGUAAAUACUACUCGUAUAUUACUAUUUAGUAUUUACACUUUACAGUCUUUAAUAAAAUUUGAGGAGUAGAUGUAUGUCAAUACCCCCAAUGCACCUUUCUCUUGUGUACGAGCAUCUAAGCAAACUCUCAAGUAGCCCACUCUUUCGCUGGCUUCAUUGGGUGGCGGCUCCACCGCUCCACCGCCCUUGCUUUCGAUAUUAGUCAUGCCGCCAAUGUUUAGAAGCGCGUAGCAGCUUCUCCAUGGCACCAAAUUACGCCCCAUUUGUUAGGAGUUCUGUUCUUUUUUUCUGUCCUAUUCUCAUUUAGGCUUACUUUUCAAGAAGUUAAAAAGGAACUCAGAUCAUAUGCCUUGAAAUUGA